GAGAGAGAUUUGAUAACCACAUGCGUGUUGAGUAAGAGAUGUACAGAGCAUGUGAUGGAGUGUUUGGACACAUAUAGUGAAACAUCAGAUACGAUGACAAUAUGGCAAAAGCAGGACUAAGAAGAAGUGUUGAACACCAGAGCCGAUGCUUUCCUUACAAAACCAUCAGACAGUGGAGUGUAUUGUGAGUGUCAGUGAAUCAGACAAUCGAUGGCCGAAGAGAGAGAAGAGUUAUACAGUUACUCACCGGACAACUUGUCGGAUACAACAUCGCCGUCGACAUCACUCAAUGAUAUCGUAAAGUCAGGAAAAGGUAUAGUCAGAGCCCGAAAGGGUGCGCUCAAGAAGAAGCAUGUGUUUGUCAUACAGAACCACAAAUUCUUGCCCCGAUUCUUCAAACAACCCACUUUCUGCUCCCAUUGCAAGGACUUCAUCUGGGGGUUCGGCAAACAGGGAUUUCAGUGUCAGGUGUGCUCAUAUGUGGUGCAUAAGCGAUGCCAUGAAUUUGUUGCAUUCAAGUGUCCCGGUGUUGAUAAGGGUGUUGACUCAGAUGACGCCCGAACCAAACACCAGUUUAUUGUCCAUACAUAUACUUCGCCUACAUUUUGUGACCACUGCGGGUCACUGCUAUACGGACUCAUACACCAGGGAUACAAAUGUCGAGCGUGUGAUAUGAAUGUUCACAAGAAAUGUCAAGAUUCUGUUCCUAAUCUUUGUGGAUGCGAUCACACGGAACGCAGAGGAAGAAUUGAACUCAAAGUCUAUUCAAAUGGUACCAAAUUGUUUUGCGAAGUAAAACAGGCAAAGAAUCUGAUUCCUAUGGAUCCAAACGGAUCAAGUGAUCCUUAUGUCAAAUGCAAACUAAUACCAGACAAUGGAGAGAGCAUGAAAAGAAAGACCCGAACUAUUAAAGCCAAUUUGAAUCCCGAAUGGAUGGAAACGCUAUCAUUUGAUCUGAAACCGAGUGAUAAAGAUAGACGUCUAUUGAUUGAGAUCUGGGAUUGGGAUCGCACUUCAAGAAAUGACUUCAUGGGUGCGCUUUCUUUUGGUAUUUCUGAGAUAAUCAAAAAAGAGGCCAACGGUUGGUUCAAAUUAUUGACACAAGAAGAGGGCGAGUAUUACAAUGUUCCGGUGCCGGCAGCCGGAGAAGAGAGUAGUGAUGCAAAAAACUCGCGAUUAAAGUCAGUCACAUCGUUAGCGCCCCGACCAGGAUGUAAGUCACCCACAGAUUUGCCAGCAUCUGAUAUACCGCACAAUAUGGGUAAACACGAUGUGAUCAGAGCGUCAGACUUUAAUUAUAUAAUGGUUUUGGGGAAAGGGAGCUUUGGUAAAGUUAUGUUAGCUGAAAGAAAGGGAACGGAUGAGUUGUAUGCCGUGAAGAUACUCAAAAAAGACAUUAUUAUUCAGGACGACGACGUCGAGUGUGCAAUGAUUGAGAAACGGGUGCUCGCGUUGGCCGAAAAGCCGCCGUUUCUCGUUCAGCUACACUCCUGUUUCCAGACUAUGGAUAGACUCUACUUUGUUAUGGAGUACAUCAAUGGCGGUGACCUAAUGUUUCAGAUUCAACAAUGCGGUAAAUUCAAGGAACCCAUUGCAGUCUUCUAUGCGGCAGAAAUAGCCAUCGGUUUGUUUUUUCUACAUUCACACGGAAUUGUUUACCGAGACUUGAAAUUAGAUAAUGUAUUACUCGAUGCCGACGGACACAUCAAGAUUGCCGACUUCGGUAUGUGUAAGGAAAACAUCUUUGGAGACAAAACUACUAAAACAUUCUGUGGUACGCCUGACUACAUCGCACCGGAGAUUAUAUUAUACCAACCGUACGGAAAGUCGGUGGACUGGUGGGCGUUCGGCGUAUUAUUAUAUGAGAUGCUUGUGGGUCAGCCACCAUUUGAUGGCGAAGAUGAAGAAGAAUUGUUUGCAUCGAUUACUGACCAUAACGUUAGUUAUCCUAAAUCACUGUCUAAAGAGUCAAAAGAGGUCUGCAAAGGAUUUCUCACAAAGAAUCCACAGAAACGACUCGGUUGUGGACAGACGGGUGAAGAGAACGUACGAUCGCAUCCAUUCUUUAGACGAAUAGAUUGGGAAAAGAUAGCCAAUCGUGAAGUUCAACCGCCAUUUAAGCCGAAAAUAAAGCACAGAAAAGAUGUGUCCAAUUUUGACAAACAGUUUACUUCCGAGAAGACAGAUCUGACGCCAACUGAUAAGCUAUUUAUGAUGAAUUUGGAUCAAACAGAGUUCUCUAACUUCUCUUUUCUUAAUCCAGAGUUUGUUCAACACGUCUAA